GAGAACACCAGUUCUAGAUCUUGCAGCUGACGGUGAUUUUACCAUUUCGGUGCACAGUUAAAAACCAAUAGUCGACGUAUCGAGAAGAAUUGCAACAUCACGGACGUGUGUUCGGUGAUACGAUAAAAUAAAGAAAAGUUGAAUCAUCGACGUAACAACUCAACGUUUGGCAGUGUAACGAAGCGGAAGAAAAAAGAAAGACCGGGUUUACGGAAAGUGUGGUAUUUUCUCGUUUACUCGCUAUCCUUUGUCCAUCGCAUUACCGAGCAGUACCGCACAGUGAUUUGAAGGCCAAAAAUGGCAACCUCUGAAGAAAAUAAGGCGCUGGCGCUGAAGGAAAAGGAUCUCGGCAAUGCGGCGUACAAAAAGAAAGACUUCGAAACAGCGCUUCAGCAUUACCGGGCCGCCCUGACGCACGACCCUACGGACAUAACAUUCCACAAUAAUAUUGCGGCGGUGUACUUCGAGCAGAAAGAGUUCAAAAAAUGCAUCGAGGAGUGCGAGAAGGCGGUUGAGGUAGGUCGAGAGAACCGGGCCGAUUACAAGCUGAUUGCAAAGGCGUUCACGCGCACGGGCAAUGCUUACCGGCGGCUGGAGGAUUACAAAUCCGCCAAGACCUACUUUGAAAAGUCACUGUCCGAACACCGAACACCGGAGGUUAAGUCGUUACUAAGCGACACGGAGAAACGAAUCAAGGAUAUGGAGCGUCUGGCCUACAUCGAUCCUGCCAAGGCGGAGGAAGAGAAGGAGAAGGGUAACGAGUUCUUCAAGAAGGGCGACUACAGUAUGGCCGUGAAGCACUACUCGGAAGCGAUCAAGCGCAACCCGGACGACGCGAAACUGUACAGUAACCGUGCGGCUUGCUAUACCAAACUGGCCGCCUUCGAUCUCGGGCUGAAGGAUUGCGAAACCUGCUGCCGGCUGGACGAAACGUUCAUCAAAGGAUGGAUCCGCAAGGGUAAAAUCCUGCAAGUGAUGCAGAAGCCCUCGGAAGCGCUAACUACCUACCAGAAAGCGCUAGAAAUUGACCCCAACAAUGCGGAAGCACUGGAAGGAUACCGGGCUUGCUCGGUGGCCGUGCAUGCCAACCCCAAGGAGGUCAUGAAGAAAGCCAUGAACGAUCCGGAGGUGCAACAGAUCCUGAAAGAUCCGGCGAUGCGCGUUAUCCUAGAACAGAUGCAAAACGAUCCAAAGGCAGUGCAAGAGCAUCUCAAAAAUCCACAAGUUGCUUCCAAAAUACAGAAACUUUUGGAGUCUGGAAUCAUUCAGAUCUACUAAAAACGCUUAUCGAACGCGAUGGUAUAUGCAACGCAUCAACUCUAAUAUCCCCGCUCAUUCUCUACUGAUACUACAACGAUCCCAAUCCGUACGGAAAGCGUGCUAGAAAAUCGAAACAAGACCACACCAUGACAAACACCGGCGCAAAAGGGACUGAAAUUCGCCCUCCAACUACUGUUACAUUGGGACAUGUGUCUUAAUUUAACAUGCGGAACCGGCUUUUAACCAACAUAAAGUCCUAGGGGGAGUUUUUGUUCGUUCCUUUCUGCGCAUGUGAUUGUUUACGAUAACAGCAGGAGACCGGGAUAACGGAAGGUUUAAACCAUUGCCGGAUGGUCGUUUUUUCGUUUAAAUUUUACGUACCCUUAGUUCGUUUGGCCAUUGAGUUAUGGGUUUUCCUAAGAGUUCGUCUUGCGAGCGUUUGUUUCAGUGUUUAUCCUCACUUCGCCAUUAAGUUUGCUAUUGCGUAGUUGAAAGAAUAUAUCAUCAAUACAAAGGCUAGAGCGCUGUGGCAAGCACGGAGAAGGAGGUGCCCAAUCUUUCCGACGUUCAGCCGCACUAUUGCACCGCACCGCAGAACCGCCUAAGAACAACUGUUAAGAAUCCAACUAAGCUUAGGGAUACGUAAAAUUUACUAAUAGUUCAGUAACAAUAAAACUAUAAGGAAGCGAUGAUGAUAAGAGAGUGCGCCAGUUUGAAAAUAAAAAUGUAGUGGUAAAAGGCGAAAUAAAGGAAAAUAAAAUAUUUCUACAACUAAAACCGCAUU